AUGGGACAUCAGAUCAACACAGUAGCGCCUCAAAGUAAACAGAUCAGCAAACGUCAAAACCCACAAAAAUAACUAUAUAAUCCUAAAUUGUACAAAAAAAACUGCGUGCUUUAAUAUUGCGACUUUGUGUUUAUUGCUGUCGUUCUUUUAUUGGCAAACGUUUAUGUCGACCUUCAAGUAGUGAGGUUUUAAGCGUUCUCUCGUUAGCUUGCUAGCAAUGUUUACCUAAUCAAUGAUGACCUUAGGUUACAUCUGACCGUCGAUUCGAGUAGUUUGUUCAACGACUUCAUACUGGAAGUCUUCUAGAUAAUGCUAGCGCCAGACAUCUAAGGCGAUGAAGCCUGAACAACACAAUCCUGCGAUGGCUGACAACGCACAGCUGAGUCUGGUGGGCGGUUUGGUCACCGGCGGCUCCUCAGCCGGUGGCCGCGGUCGUCAGACGUUCAGAAGUUCGGCCCAUUCCCAAAGCCUGCUGGACAGCCUGCUGGGGCUUAGGCAAGCUGGCAUCCUGUCGGACGUGGUGCUUCUGGUGGAGGGUCGAGCACUCCACGGCCACCGCGUGCUUCUCGCUGCUGCUUGCGAUUAUUUUAGAGGGAUGUUCACUGGAGGCCUUCGCGAGAUGCAGCAGAAUGAGAUCCCAAUCCACGGAGUGUCUUAUUUGGGCAUGAACAAAAUACUGGACUACAUCUACACUUCAAAGAUAGAGCUAGACCUGGACUGUGUGCAGGAAGUCCUAAUAGCGGCCACAUUGGUGCAGCUUGAGGAUGUCAUAAGCUUUUGCUGUGAGUUCCUCUUCUCCUGGCUGGACGAGAGCAACUUAUUGGAGAUGCAUCACCUCGCCGAUCUCUACGGAUUGCGGCAACUCAAUGCCAGAGUCCACGCCCACAUCCUGAGCAACCUGCAGGCUUUGUCCCGCACAGACGUCUACCGGCGACUCCCCCAAGAAGAAGUCUUCCAAGUUCUAAGCAGUGAUGAGCUGGAUGUGCAAAGUGAGAAUGAGGUGUACGAGGCAGCGCUUCACUAUCACUACAGUCCUGAGCAGGUGGAGAGUGACCAGGUGUACUUGCAGGACAAUCUCAAGAUGCUUGAUGCUGUGCGCUUCUGCCUAAUGGAGAAGCAAGUGCUGCAGAGGUUGCACGAUAAACUGGAUCAGUGCCCGCUAAAGGAAUCCGUGUCUGCUGCCCUGCAUUACCAUGAGCAGGAGAUGUGGCAGCCUGUCCUUCAGAGUCCUCUCACACAGCCUCGUUCCACCUUCUACUGUAUUUUGGCCUUCGGGGGGAUGUUCGCUUCCCCCUCUCAUACGGACAACGAGCACCUGUUCCACGUGUUCCACCCUAGCUGGAAGGAGUGGAGGGCUCUUAAUUCAGUGAACACUCCCCGGAUGUCCAACCAGGGAAUUGCUGUGCUCAACAACUUUGUGUAUCUUAUCGGUGGAGACAGGAACAGCAGUGGAUUUCGUGCAGAGACUCGAUGCUGGAGAUACGACCCUCGUCACAACAGUUGGUGCUCCAUCCAACCUUUGCAGCAUCAGCACGCGGACCACUGCGUUUGUGUGGUGGACGGGCAUAUUUACGCUAUCGGAGGUCGCGACUACAGCAAGGAGUUGUCCUCAGUGGAGCGCUAUGACCCGCACGCUAACACCUGGGAGUUUGUGUCCCCUCUCAUUAGAGAGGUUUACGCCCAUGCCGGAGCGGUGCUAGAUGGCAAGAUUUACAUCACUUGUGGACGCAGAGAGCGGGCGUACCUAAGCGAGACCUCCUGUUACGACCCGGUAGCCGACCACUGGACGGCAUGUGCAGACGGGCCAGCAGGGCGAGCGUGGCACGGCAUGGCUGCUGUAAACAGACGCCUCUAUGUCAUUGGUGGAAGUAAUGACGAGCAUGGCUACCGGCGGGAUGUCUUACAGACGGCGUGCUUUGAUCCCUCAGACAACUCAUGGACUUUACUGACCCCACUCCCUGCUGGCCAUGGGGAACCCGGCAUGGCAGUAUUGGACGGUCGCAUCCACGUAGUGGGAGGACGCUCCCACAACAAAGGCAACCGAAUGAAAUACGUUCACGUGUUCAACACCGACACAGGCGAGUGGGAGAGCGACGCUCCCAUGAAGGAGCGCGUCUCGGGCCUGGCCGCCUGCGUGGCGCUCAUGCCACCAGCUGUGAUGGCACUCGCCAAGAGCUUGGAGCAGCACAUCAAGUUAUUGUGGGGAGAUGACUUUUCCAGCUCACACACAAGCACGGAUGAAGACUAAUGGUUAAUGAGCGCGAGACUUGAAGGUACCUUUUGUCAUGUAUAUCUAAGUAUUUGUGGCAGCAUUACAUCCUGCUAGCUGCCCUUUCUUAUUAGUGCCUCUGAAUUGAAUGUGUGCAUUAAACUUUAUUUCCCCGAUUAGCGAUGGGCAUAAGGGUGGAUUCUUUGAAUUCCAUUUUCUAUACCACGGUGCACUGAAGCCUAUCCCAGCUUACUUUGGGUUAGAUAUACCUACAAGUGGCUCUUUGAUACACUAGACAAUAUCGGACUGUGCAUUUGGUACUUGGGUCUUCAGUGGGGACUUACUUACCCAACUUAAUGCUACUGGAGAGGCUGGUUUCGAAACGUAUUGGGCAGACUGCUACAGUAUAUUGGGACUUGAGUGUAACAAGUCCCAUUUUUAAUAUAGACUGCCUUGUUGUUUUUUUAUUUAGCUCACUGGGUUUUCAUAAGAUUCAUAAGUAACAAUAAUAAUAAUAAUAAUGAAGAAUGCUGAAUGCUGAUAGGACAAAUCUGCUGUGACAUUUCAUAAGCAUUCUAAAUUGAUGGCAGAGUAAGCUAACGUAUGACCUGUCUCUCUGUCUUUAUGCAGUUAGUUUUUACUCCUAAUGACUAUGCAAUAUGAGCAGAAAGCAGCUGACUACCAUUUAAAUAGCAUAAUUUUCCGUCUAUUGUCCCCACUUGAAAAGAAGCUGCACCUGCUAUAUUUUAAAAAGGAACAAAACAGAUUGGUCAAGGAACAACAAAACUGCCAUACAUCAAAACAAACAUUUCUUACCCGAUUUUGCAUAAAAGUGGGCUCCCUAGACAGCAAAAUGCACGUUAAACGGUCGUCUGGAUCGCAAUGAGAUUUCAGUGGCUGUCUCGUGCGUUGAUUUAUAAUGGAAUCAUGAGUUCAGCAAGAUAAAAAUCUGAACAUCAGAAAAGUGAUCUUCUUCUUGUUUUUGUGAUGAAAACCAAAUCACGAAUGUUACUACUGUGACUUGUGUGUUCCUUCUCUUUAGUAUGACUUAUUAUGCACAUUAUGUCGUGAUGGAACCCACAAAGAACUAUCUAGAUAACCACACAAACCGAGCCUAUUUUGUUCUUUUAAUUAGUUUGCUUGUUUGAUACCUCACGUUUAUUUAAAUGAUCCAGAUGAGCUAAAAAAAACAAGUUGCACAAUGUUCAUUCUUUUUUCUGCAUGGCUUUGCAUUCUUUGUGAUGCUCAAAAUGUUAUUAAACAUUUUUUCUCUUCCAUGUAACAGGUUAAGCCUGUCACCCAAGAUAUGCAAAUGUAUUUCUGUGGAUAAGAAAGAAUAAACAAUAAUAUAUGCCUUUUA